UGCACUUGUUUUACUUCCAACUCUCCGGCCACAACACAAGAGCUAUAUGUUCUUAUUUUUUCUGUUUUUCAUCCAAAAUCAGAUGAAAAAUUAAUUCAAAACAAACAAACAGUAAACGCCUCUCUACCGGAGCAGUUGAUCCGGCGGGUGAAAUCUGAUAUCCAGGGUUUACAGAGAUGUCGCGAUUCGACGUCGGUGGAAAAGUAGUGGAGAGAGUAGAUUUAUUAAGAAAAAAACAUUGGCCAUGGCGAUUAGAUGUUUGGCCUUUUGCAAUUUUAUACAGUAUUUGGCUGACUACAAUUGUUCCUACCAUUGAUUUCUCUGAUGCAACCAUUGCUCUUGGUGCCCUUGUUGCUCUUCACAUUUUGACCUGCCUUUUUACUGCUUGGUCUAUUAAUUUUAAAUGCUUUGUUCAGUAUAGUAAGAGUAAUGAUAUUCAUGCUGCUGAUGCGUGUAAAAUAACUCCAGCUAAGUUUUCCGGUUCUAAAGAAGUUGUUCCGUUGCAUUUUCGGAAGCAGUUUGAGGGCUCUUCAGCCCUGGGGGAUGUAGAAGAGAUCUACUUUGAUUUCAGAAAGCAGCAUUUCAUAUAUUCAAAAGAGAAAAAGACAUUUUGCAAGCUUCCUUACCCCACUAAGGAAACUUUUGGCUACUACCUUAAAUGUUCUGGUCAUGGUUCUGACGCUAAAGUAGCUGUCGCUACUGAAAAAUGGGGACGAAAUGCAUUUGAUUAUCCCCAACCUACAUUCCAGAAAUUAAUGAAAGAGCAUUGCAUGGAGCCCUUUUUUGUGUUUCAGGUCUUUUGCGUGGGGCUUUGGUGCUUGGACGAAUAUUGGUAUUACAGUUUGUUCACUCUAUUCAUGCUGUUUAUGUUUGAGUCUACAAUGGCAAAAAGUAGGCUGAAGACUUUAAGCGAGCUCAGGCGUGUUAGAGUAGAUAGUCAAACCUUGAUGGUCCACCGCUGUGGAAAGUGGGUGAAACUCUCUGGGACUGAGCUCUUGCCUGGAGAUGUUGUCUCCAUUGGACGUUCCUCUGGUCAGAAUGGUGAAGAUAAGUCAGUUCCAGCAGACAUGCUAUUAAUUGCUGGAAAUGCCAUUGUAAAUGAAGCUAUUCUCACAGGCGAGUCUACUCCGCAGUGGAAGGUUUCUGUCAUGGGUAGAGGAAACGAGGAAAAGUUAUCAGCAAAGAGAGAUAAAACCCAUGUUUUAUUUGGCGGUACGAAAAUAUUACAACAUACUCCAGAUAAGUCCUUUCCUCUGAGAACACCUGAUGGUGGUUGUUUGGCUGUUGUUUUACGAACUGGUUUUGAGACAAGUCAAGGGAAACUGAUGAGGACAAUUUUAUUUUCCACUGAGCGGGUCACUGCCAACAGCUGGGAAAGUGGGCUCUUUAUUCUAUUUUUAGUUGUAUUUGCAGUUAUUGCUGCUGGUUAUGUACUAAAAAAGGGACUAGAAGAUCCAACAAGGAGCAAAUACAAGCUCUUCCUAAGCUGCUCACUUAUUAUAACUUCUGUGAUCCCACCCGAGUUGCCUAUGGAAUUGUCCAUAGCAGUUAAUACAUCUCUUAUUGCGUUGGCGCGACGUGGAAUAUUUUGUACAGAACCUUUUCGGAUUCCGUUCGCUGGAAAGGUUGAUAUUUGUUGUUUUGAUAAAACUGGAACGCUCACGUCCGACGACAUGGAGUUCCACGGAGUUGUUGGAUUGAGUGGCGAAAUGGAUUUAGUAUCUGAUAUGACCACAGUACCUGUUCGAACUGUAGAAAUUUUGGCUUCUUGUCAUGCCUUGGUGUUUGUGGAUAACAAGUUGGUUGGUGAUCCUCUUGAGAAAGCUGCACUUCAAGGAAUAGACUGGAGUUACAAAUCUGAUGAGAAGGCUAUGCCAAAAAAGGGAGGUGGCAAUGUUGUGCAGAUUGUUCAGAGACAUCACUUUGCAUCCCAUCUGAAGCGAAUGGCAGUCGUUGUUCGCAUAAAUGAGGAGUUUUUUGCUUUUGUGAAGGGAGCACCAGAAACCAUCCAGGAUAGACUCAUUGAUUUACCACAAUCCUAUGUUGGUACCUACAAGAAAUUUACACGUCAAGGGUCUCGUGUUUUGGCUCUUGCUUUCAAGUCCCUUCCAGACAUGACAGUCAGUGAAGCUAGAAGCUUGGAUAGAGAUGUAGUAGAGAGUGGCCUUACUUUUGCUGGGUUUGCGGUAUUUAAUUGUCCUAUAAGAGCAGACUCGGCCACCAUUUUAUCUGAAUUAAAGAAUUCUUCACAAGACUUGGUGAUGAUAACUGGUGAUCAGGCCUUGACAGCAUGCCAUGUUGCUAGUCAAGUGCAUAUCAUAACUAAACCAGCACUAAUUCUGAGUCCAUCACGGGCUGCUGAAGGAUAUGAGUGGAUAUCACCAGAUGAGUCAGAAAUUGUCCAUUACAGCGACAAAGAGGUUGACUCUUUAUCAGAGACACAUGAUCUCUGCAUUGGAGGUGACUGCAUUGCAAUGUUGCAGCAAAGUUCUGCGAUUCUUCGUGUCAUUCCUUUUGUCAAGGUAUUUGCAAGAGUUGCUCCAGAGCAAAAGGAGCUUAUCAUGACGACUUUCAAAAUGGUGGGAAGGAUGACAUUGAUGUGUGGGGAUGGAACGAAUGACGUCGGAGCUCUGAAGCAGGCCCAUGUUGGCGUUGCACUACUAAAUGCAGUUCCUCCUGCACAAAGUGGAAAAUCAUCCGCAGAAGUAUCUAAAGAUAAAAGUCUGAAGUCUGUGAAAUCAAAAAAAUCUAAGCUGGCAUCAGAAGUGGCAAUGAAGGCCAGUCUAAAUGGAGAAGGCUCUUCAAAAAGCAAGGUUGUUGCAAAACCAGAUUCCAGUAGCGUCUCUGUUGGUAAUCGGCAUCUGACUGCUGCAGAAAUGCAACGUCAAAAGCUAAAUAAACUAAUGGAAGAGAUGAAUGAAGAGGGCGAUGGUCGCUCAGCUCCUAUUGUCAAACUUGGAGAUGCCUCAAUGGCAUCUCCUUUCACAGCCAAACAUGCAUCGGUAGCUCCUACCACUGACAUAAUUCGCCAGGGUCGCAGUACCCUUGUGACUACUCUUCAAAUGUUCAAAAUUCUUGGCCUCAACUGCCUUGCUACAGCUUACGUACUGAGUGUUAUGUAUUUGGAUGGUGUGAAGCUUGGUGAUAUUCAGGCCACAAUCAGUGGCGUAUUUACGGCUGCAUUUUUUCUGUUUAUCUCUCAUGCACGCCCUCUGCCCACUCUUUCAGCUGAACGGCCCCACCCCAAUAUUUUCUGCUCUUACGUAUUACUCUCCCUAUUGGGACAGUUUGCAGUGCACCUGUUUUUCUUGAUAACAUCAGUUAAAGAGGCGGAGAAGCAUAUGCCGGAGGAAUGCAUUGAACCAGACUCUGAUUUUCAUCCAAAUCUGGUGAACACAGUUUCAUACAUGGUGAGCAUGAUGUUGCAGGUGGCCACCUUCGCAGUGAACUAUAUGGGCCAUCCUUUCAAUCAGAGUAUUGGAGAAAAUAAACCAUUUCGGUAUGCCCUCUUGGCUGCUGUGGGUUUCUUUGUUGUCAUCACUUCUGAUCUAUUCAGGGACUUGAAUGAUUGGUUGAAGUUGGUACCUUUGCCUCCUGGAAUGAGGAAUAAGCUUUUGAUUUGGGCAUUUCUUAUGUUCCUUGUUUGCUAUUCAUGGGAGAGAUUGUUGAGAUGGGCUUUCCCUGGUCGAAUUCCAGCUUGGAGAACACGACAACGCUCCGCGGAGGCUAAUUUAGAAAAGAAAAAGCGUGUCUGAAUGUCAUCGGGCAUGUUUUGACAUGUAACAUCUUUAUCCCAUUGAUUUUGAUUACUUGGGAAUUUUUGCAAAUAGAGUAACUAUAUCUUGGAUAGGGAUAGUUCAUAAAAUUAUUAGGUUUUUAUAUUUAUAACCCUCUUAAGAGAUUAUGACAAGACUUUUCAUUGAUCAAGGGGCAAAAAAAAAAACUUUGCCAUGAGUGUUUACUUAUGCCUUAAAACUUGGUUAUAAAUUUUAAAUUUCCAUUUGCAUGAAAA